AAGUGUUAGACCAUGUUUUUCUUUUGUCAAAAAGUAUAGACCAUGUUUAAUUACUAAAAGAACCUUUUCUCUCUAACACAUUUUCUUUCUUCCUUUUCUCUCUAUGCCUUGAAGCUUGGCACUUCAGCUUCUUCAAUGAGGGUAGGAUGAAAUUUAGCACUCCACGGUAGACUGUAGUGAUGUGAUUUAAUAAGUACAGACUGAGCUAUUUUUGUUUGGAGAAGGAACUUGGGUGUGUAUUGAACUAGACAAAGGGUUUUGGUUUUUGGUUGAAUGAGAAUGGAUCAGAGUCUAAGGGGAUAUACUGGCUCUGGAAAUGGAGUAAUUCAUUUUGGAAAAGGCAAACCUUUGUCAGUUAUUUCCAGUCACAAUAAUAUUAUGGCUGAAACUAGAUUCAAUAAUCAUAAUCACAAUGCCUUCUCGGAUCACAGCCACAUGGGGUUUCAUUACCCUCAACCUGAUCUAACCCCAGCUAUCGAAAACACUAUUUCAACUUUGUCCCAUGAUGUUAAUUCCCCAGAAGACUGUGACUUUUCAGAUACAGUAUUGCAGUACAUAAGCCAGAUGCUCAUGGAAGAAGAGGAUCAUGAGGACAAGACUAGUAUAGUUGAAGAGUCUUCGGAUCUUCGAGCUGCUGAAAAAUCGUUCUAUGAAGUUCUUGGUAAAAAGUAUCCACCUUCCCCUGAACAAAAUCAUGUUUUUCAAAAUGGUGAAAGUCUAGAAGAAAAUUUUACUACAAGCUCCAACAAUUAUGUACAUAGUAGUUGCUAUAGCAAUGAGUAUUUGGUUGAUAAUCCCUUGUAUCAAAAUCUAGAUAAUUAUACCUCUCAAUUACACUGUAUUCCUGAAUUUGGAGUUUCUCAAUCAUCCUACAGCUCUUCAAAUAGUGCAAUUAGCAGUUUAGAUGGAUUGUUGGACUCCCCCAACAGUACUAUAAUUCAAGCUCCUGAUCUGUGUAGUGAGAAUCGGUCAAUGUGGCAGUUUAGGAAGGGGGUUGAGGAGGCUAGCAGGUUUCUUCCCACUCAAAAUGACUUGGUUGGUUCUGUAGAGGCAAACGAGUUGUUGGCUUUGGUUCCUUCAAAGUUUGGGACAAGUGAGGUUUCUGUUAAGUCAAAUGAUGAGUGUUCUCCUGGAAGCUCUAGGGGAAGAAAACAUCCUUACAGUGACGUUGAAGAUUUGGAAGAUGAGAGGAGUAGCAAGCAAGCUGCCAUUUACAUAGAAUCCACUUUGCGAUCGAAGAUGUUUGAUCUUGUGCUUCUUUGUAGUCUUGGGGAUGGUCACGAGCAUUUGACAUCUUUCCGUGCAGACUUGCAGAGUGAUCUCACGAAAAGUAUGCAACAAACUGGCCAGAUAAAAGGAUUAAGUGGUGGAAAGAGUCGUGGUAAGAGACAAGUAAAGAAGAAGGAGGUGGUGGAUUUGAGAUCUUUAUUGAUUCAGUGCGCUCAAGCAGUUGCAGCUGAUGAUCAUAGGAGUGCAAAUGAACUGCUAAAGCAAGUUAGACAACAUUCCUCUCCUUUUGGGGAUGGUUCUCAGAGAUUAGCUAGUUGUUUUGCUGAUGGUCUUGAGGCACGCUUGGCCGGUACAGGUAGCCAGAUCUACAAAGGUCUUGUUAAUAAAAGAACAUCUGCUGCUGAUAUAUUGAAAGCUUACCGGCUUUACCUUGCUGCCUGCCCAUUUAGGAAGAUAUCUAACUUUACAUCGAACAGGACAAUACUGGAUACAGCAGCCAAAGCAACAAGUGUUCAUGUCAUUGACUUUGGUAUCCUUUAUGGUUUUCAAUGGCCCACCCUUAUUCAGCGCCUGUCAAUGAGAGAAGGUGGACCACCAAAGCUUCGGAUCACUGGGAUAGAGUUUCCACAACCUGGCUUUCGACCAGCUGAGAGAGUUGACGAAACAGGACGACGAUUAAAAGCCUAUGCUGAAACUUUCAAUGUUACUUUUGAUUAUCAUGCAAUUGCAAAGAAAUGGGAGACCAUUACACUUGAGGAACUAAAGAUUGACAAGAAUGACUUCCUCGUAGUUAACUGUCUGUAUCGGGGUAAGAACUUGCCCGAUGAAAGUGUGACUGCAGAGAGUGCAAGAAAUAGAGUUCUUGAUUUGAUAAAGAGAAUUAAACCUGAUCUCUUCAUCCAUGGGAUUACAAAUGGAGCAUACAAUGCACCUUUUUUUGUUACUCGGUUUCGAGAGGCAUUGUUUCACUUUUCUGCAUUGUUUGAUAUGCUUGAAUUGAUUGUACCCCGCUGGGAACCGGAGCGGAUGCUAAUUGAGAAAGAGAUCUUUGGUAGGGAGGCUUUAAAUGUCAUAGCUUGUGAGGGAUGUGAAAGAGUGGAAAGGCCAGAAACAUACAAACAAUGGCAAAUCAGGAUCAUGAGGUCCGGGUUUGUGCAACAACCUUUAAGCCGCUAUGUCAUGAAGAGGGCAGCUGAGAAAGUAAAGACAACUUACCACAGAGACUUUAUAAUUGAUGAAGACAAUGGUUGGCUAUUGCAGGGAUGGAAAGGACGAAUCAUCUUUGCCAUAUCGUCAUGGAAAGCUGCUUAAUGUAUUUGGAUGGUACACUUUUUUAGAUUUCUUUAUCAGAUUCAUUUCAGCAUUCAAAAGGGCGAAAUUGAGGAUCAAAGGCACGUUAAUGUGAUUGCGGAUUUUAUCAGUUAAGAUUACUUUGUGGUAAUACUGAUGCUGACACAAGGCCAGUGAGAAAGGUGCUUAGUCCUCUUAGAGAACUCUAACAGACAUAAUCAUGUUCUUGUAACAUUUUGGUUUACAUGUUUUAAAAUUUUACUAAAUUUCAAUACAACAAGGUAUUUAGGCAAAAGGAUUUGUAUAAUGGCAUAGUACAAUGUACAUAACCAAUUCCUUUUAAAUUGAUAGUUAUGUUUAUGCAGCAUUGUCCUUCUUUCAAUAAUAUGUGAUGAAGUGUUAUCUUA